UUGUUUUGACAAUUUAAACGCUACAAUUGGCUAAAUCACUCAAACAGCCUAACCAUGUAUUUUCAAUAUACUUGCCCGAUAAUGAUUGUAAUCGUAAUCAAUUUAACCAUAAUCACCAUCACCACCGCUACUAAUACCAUUGAGGUAACUUCCCAACCCACCCUGUCCUCAUCCAAACCCACCUCAUACCGAACAGGUAAAAGUUUCAUUGAUGAUUUGGUUGAAAAUGGUACUCUUCAUUUAAUCCCUGGUAAAUUGUUAAUCAAUCUGCUUGAUCCACUAACCAAAGGAUUAAUCAGUCAGAUAAUCAACAAUAUGAAAGACCAAAGUAUGGACAAAGCUUCAUUGGCUGGAUUAUCGAGUCUCGAUUUACUCAGAUUAGUUGAGAAACAAUCAAAGGGUCUAAUUAGUUCAACCCUGAAUGAUUUAAAUGAAUCCGAUUUAAUUACUCGAUGGAAUCAAGUAAAACAAGAAAAUCACCUUGACCAUUACUAUUGGACAGUGAAGGUCAAUAAAAACGAUGACAAUAAACGAGCUGGACCUGAUUCAAUGUCGGGCUGGACUGUGGGCUCAUCCAAACGAAGUGCUCGAAGUGUCCAAGGUUCGGAAGAAUUUGCUGGCCAGCCUGAAAAACGUAAUUUCGAUGAAAUUGAUCGUCAAGCAUUCGCCGGAUUUGCUGGGAAGCGAAACUUUGACGAGAUUGACCGACAAGCGUUCACUGGGUUCACAGGGAAGCGAAAUUUUGACGAAAUCGACAGGUCAGGAUUAACUGGUUUCCGUGGUCGUCGAAACUUUGAUGAGAUCGAUCGUAGUAGUUUCUCCGGUUUUGGAAGUGGAAAACGAACUGGACAAUAUUACAUUCGACAAUUAACCCCAUCGGGUUACUAUUUGUAUCCUGUUGGACUAACAACAAAUCUACACAAAGAUGAUAAGAAAAAUUUCGACGAAAUUGAUCGGCAAGCGUUCACUGGUUUCCGGGGUAGAAGAAAUUUCGAUGAGAUCGAUUCUUCCGGUUUCACAGGAUUUUAUAAACGUAAUUUCGAUGAGAUUGAUAAUUCAGGUUUCACCGGUUUUGUGGGUAAAAGAAAUUUCGAUGAAAUCGACAGAUCGGCAUUCAAUGGAUUCGCAAAAAGACCCGUGGUACCAUCUAAUCAGGCCAAAUCUGUUAAAGAAUCGAAAGCAUGAGGAUUAUUAUAAAAAUUUCUCGAUUCUAAAAGCAAAACAAUAACGAGAAGAGAUCAACUGAACUCUAUUUACUUUCUCAUAUUUUAUCUUCUCAUUAUUAAUCCAUGUUUAUCAUCCAUCAUCCGUUGCAUGUUCUGGUGAUUGUUGACCUCAAAUCGAAAAGAAAGAAUCAAAAAAGUUCCGCCAUUUUGCUUUCUUUACCUUUCUCUCGCUCUUUCCUCUCAUCUUUCUCUUUCUCUCUUAUUCCUUAGGCCGAUUCUGAACUCUCGGAAUCGAAAACAGUGUAUAUUGAGACCCGAAAUGUUUAAUUCAAUCAAAUUAAAUCGUUGAUUUUUAGUUUACCAGUUAUGAGUGCGAAAAGUGAUAAGUUGAUAAACGAAUAGAACAAAAAAGUUACGAAUUACUUUUGCCAUUUGAUAAAAUUA